UGCUGUUUGGUGCUCUUCGGUACAGCGCAGACUUUGAGGAUGUGUUUGAGGGAAGGAGGGGCGUGUCCAACGCGGCAAUGCGGAAAGUGUAACGGCCCCUUCGUGGCUCCACUGUAACGGCCCGAUAACUAAGUGUAUCGCUCACGCACAGCACGCGCGGAACGUGCGCGCGAGCUCGCAGGAAGGGGCGAAGCGCUGUUGGUCUCGCGGACCCGUCGACGACUGCGUCUCGAGCGCCGCCAGGAAGCAGGAUGGCCGAGGCCGUGCGCGAGCUCCGGGGUCUUCCCGCCGACGAGGAACAAUGUAGGGUUCUGCGAGUGCAGGUUGUUGCUGGAAUUCGACUGGCAAAAAAGGACAUUCUGGGGCUCAGUGACCCAUACACAAGAAUCACCUUAUAUGAUCUGGAGAAUGAUGACAGCAUCAGCAUUCAAACAAAAACUAUUAAAAAGACACUGGAUCCAAAGUGGAAUGAAGAAUUCUUUUUCAGUGUUCAUCCGCAGAAGCACCGGCUGCUUUUCCAGGUGUUCGAUGAGAAUCGCCUGACGCGAGACGACUUUCUUGGACAGGUGGACAUACCUUUACACCAGAUCCCGACAGAAACUCCUGAUGCUGCAAGGUCCAACACAUUUAAGGAUUUUGUCCUUCACCCUAGGAGUUACAAAUCCCGGGUCAAAGGUCAUCUGCGACUGAAGAUGACAUAUCUGCCGAAGCACCGCUCCUCAGAGGAUGAUGGUGCAGAGCAGAGGGAGGAGGCUGAUCUAGGAUGGGACUUCCUGGAGGGCCAGGCUGGUCCUCAACACAGUGCCCAGCCACCUCCACUGCCCCCUGGCUGGGAGGAACGGCAGGACAACCUGGGCAGGACUUACUAUGUGAACCAUAGGACCAGGACCACACUGUGGCAGAGGCCCACAGCUCAGGAGGAAGAGCAAAGGCAGCAGACGGUCCAAAUGGUGGCACAGCACGCUUUCUUGGCCCGGCGACAGAUCUCUGACCCUGAGGAUGACCAUGAGUGUCUGAACAGUCCAAGAGAAAGUUUCAGUGCAAUGUCACUGGAAGAGAGUCCAUCUAAUUCUGAGUCCUUGUUGUCUUCCUUCCCUUUCAUUGAUCAGUUCCUGCCCUCACCAUUGGGCCUGCCGCCAGGCUGGGAAGAAAGGCAAGACUCCAGAGGCUGCCUUUACUAUAUCAAUCGUAUAAGCAAGAAGCGCACAUGGAGUCACCCGCUUGCCAAUGAGGCUGAGUGCUUGCCUCAGGUGCCUGCUGAUGUGUCCCAUGGUCCUAUCACCUCCCAAGCUUCACUGGUGUCUCCUGAGACUCCGUCCCAGCAUGCCCGUGAAGCAGUGCAAGACAUCAACCUCAUGCCCCCUGGCUGGGAGAUUCGCAGCGCACCUGAUGGCCGGCCAUUCUUCAUUGACCACAAUACCAAGACCACCACGUGGGAAGAUCCCAGGUUGAAAAUCCCAGCCCAUAUGGGGAGGCGACCUUCGCUUGAUCCCUCUGACCUCGGUCCACUUCCACCUGGAUGGGAGGAGAGAGUUUACACUGAUGGAAGGAUAUUCUACAUAGACCACAACACCAAGAUCACACAAUGGGAGGACCCGAGACUGCAGAAUGCAGCUAUAACCGGACCAGCUGUGCCUUAUUCCAGGGAUUACAAGCAGAAAUAUGAGUAUUUCUGCAGGAAGCUGAAAAAACCAAAUGACACCCCGAACCACUUUAAGAUGAAGCUCCGACGAACAGCGGUGCUGGCAGACUCAUACAGACGCAUCAUGUCCAUCAAGAGGGCCGAUUGUCUGAAGACCCGGUUGUGGAUUGAGUUUGAGGGGGAGAAGGGGUUGGACUAUGGAGGUGUGUCCAGGGAGUGGUUCUUCCUCAUCUCCAAGGAGAUGUUCAACCCAUACUACGGGCUCUUUGAGUACUCGGCAACGGACAAUUACACUUUGCAGAUCAACCCAAAUUCAGGCUUGUGCAAUGAGGACCAUCUCUCCUAUUUCAAGUUCAUCGGAAGAGUGGCUGGCAUGGCUGUGUACCACGGCAAGCUGCUGGAUGCUUUCUUCAUCCGUCCAUUCUACAAGAUGAUGCUGCAGAAGCCCAUCACUCUCCAGGACAUGGAGUCUGUUGACAGUGAGUACUUCAACUCCCUCAUGUGGAUUUUGGAGAAUGACCCAACAGACCUGGAUCUAAGGUUCACUAUUGAUGAGGAGCUCUUUGGACAGACUCACCAGCAUGAACUGAAGCCUGGAGGGGCAGACAUCAUGGUAACUGACAACAACAAGAAGGAAUAUAUCCACCUUGUUAUACAGUGGAGAUUUGUUGACAGAGUCCAGAAACAAAUGUCUGCCUUCAAGGAGGGAUUUUAUGAAUUGAUUCCUCAGGACCUCAUAAGGAUAUUUGAUGAAAAUGAGCUGGAGUUGCUGAUGUGUGGCCUCGGCAACGUGGACGUCAAUGACUGGAGGGAGAACACCAAAUACAAGAAAGGCUACUGCGCCAACCAUCCUGUCAUACAGUGGUUCUGGAAGACAGUGCUGCUGAUGGAUGCAGAGAAGCGCGUUCGCUUCCUCCAGUUUGUCACCGGCACUUCCCGCGUACCUAUGAAUGGGUUUGCUGAGCUCUAUGGAUCUAAUGGACCUCAGCUCUUCACCAUUGAGCAGUGGGGCACUCGAGACAAGCUGCCCAGAGCGCACACAUGCUUCAACCGCCUGGACCUUCCCCCAUAUGAAUCGUUUGAGGAGCUGAGGGAGAAGCUGCACUUUGUCAUUGAAAAUGCCCAGGGCUUUGACGGAGUAGACUAGAUGUUGGCGCGGCAUUGGCCCUUGAUGAUGACGACCUCUGCGCUUGUUUAAAUGUGGGUCAUGUUACACGUGCCGGAAGUCCUGCUCCCUGGACCAUCGGAUUCCCAAACUUUCCAGGAAGAACCACUAAGGCCGACGGAUGAGUCUGUGCAGGGUGUGAGCUUCUGCUGUCAGCUACAGAAUGGAAUGAAUGACACGAGUGUUCCUCGGUGGGCAUAGACAUACAGUAUGUGAGAGUGCAUAUACUCAUAGGACAUGUUUCUAGGUAGAUUUAUGUAUCUUUAUACAGAUAUAGAUGAUGCAGUUGUGGAUGUAUACGGGAAGUGAUUCAGCAGUUCCUGGCUGAGUCGUGCGUGCGUGGCCUGUGUUAGUGAAGGAUGUAUUGGAGAGCUGGAAUAAUCACCCCCAGCCCCCCUACCCCCCAGGUCAAAACCACGAGGAUGCAUUUCCUUUUUUGUCCUUUUAUUUUUUUAAGCAGUAAACCAUUCACCUUCCUUCUUGCCAGUUUUAUUCAGGUAUUUGCAAGAGUUGUACAAAGUUAUUCUUACAGAUGCCCUCACUUGUACUGACGCAUGUGGAUGUUUUACUAUUUUUUUAAAACCUGUUGCUGAGCUUGACUCGUCCCCACACGUGUUUACGCUUUGCCUUCUCACUCUGCACUCAGUAACACAGCGUUGUGUGUACCUUUUCCUCAUUACAUCGUUCUGUUACUAAUUUGAAGAACUCUACUAUUGUAAGUAAUCUCUUCUUACACGCAGUGUCUCAGUUUUCCCCUUUGACUUUUUUGGUAUUCCAAACUGAAAAAGUAAUUUAUUUUUGUGAAGUUUAUAAAGUCUUAAAGUGCCUUUAUCUACAAGUUCAUGUCACCUUAUGUUUUUAAUAUAUUUUUAUUAUGAGGAAAAUCCUAUUUUGAAGUAUUGUUUACACACACAACUAUAAAAACUUU